UUGUUACUGUGGAAACCGGCGAGGUUGAAGGGGGUUCGUUGAAGCGCACCCAUCUCUAGUAGCUGGCAAAGGUUAGCCAGCCUGCUAGCCAACAUUCACACUUUCGCUGUCCGCGGUAUCGAACACAGUUCCGGCGGGACGACUUGACAAAUAACAUCCUCAGCGGCCAGCCUGCUGCUAGUAUUCGCUACACACUGAAGAGCAAAGGUAUGUUGCAACAUCAACAGGUUGCCAUAGGAGUCAAGCUUCAAGCAAGCACCCUUUGGCUCUCCUGGACACAAUGCUGACUUGCACACUCAAAUCUUGUGCAAUCCAAAAGCUUCAGACACCCCUUCAGAAACUAAUUAGAGUUACAUAAUAACUGUAAAACUGAACUUUGGCUAACACACAAACACACACACACUUAUAAAGUUAAAGUACCAAUGAUUGUCACACAUACACUAGGUGUGGCAAAAUUAUUAUUUAUAUAUACACCCAUUAUCCCUUACUGGAGCUGGAUUUUAAUUGUCAUGAGACAUUUGAAUCGUUUUUUCUGCAAACAAAGAGCACAAUGGACAGGAUCACCUUUUUACUAUCAGGAAGUUCCAGGGCGUCAAUCACAGUUUAACUGUACAAAGUUAUAUUGAGAAGCAGUAAUGGGAGAAGUGGCAGCUCCAGCGAAGAGAAAACCGAUGGAAAAUGCAAACGACUGCAAGAGCGAGAAAGAUGCGGAAGAAGCAGUGGACGAGGACGUACGUAGGCCGAUCCCUAUGCACCGCUGGGUAAUGCACGGAGCAGUGAUGUUUGGCCGGGAGUUCUGCUACGCCAUGGAAACUGCCUUGGUCACACCAGUGCUUCUUCAGAUAGGCCUUCCUAAGCACUAUUACAGUUUGACAUGGUUCCUCAGUCCUGUCCUGGGUCUCCUCCUCACGCCUGUGAUGGGCUCAGCCAGCGACAGUUGUACACUGCGCUGGGGCCGCAGGAGGCCGUUCAUACUUGCCCUGUGUGUUGGUGUCUUGCUGGGUAUGGCGCUGUUUUUAAACGGAUCAUUAAUUGGCCUAUCCCUCGGUGAUCAUGUGGGAAGCCAGCCAAUAGGCAUCGUUCUUACAGUUUUGGGAGUGGUGGUGCUGGAUUUUAGUGCUGAUGCGUGUGAUGGACCAAUCAGAGCUUACCUUCUAGAUGUGGCCGUCACAGAGGAGCAAGAUAUAGCCCUAAAUAUCCACACCUUUUCUUCAGGGAUUGGUGGCGCAAUUGGCUACAUGCUAGGUGGUCUUGACUGGACUGGCACAGCUUUAGGUCAAGCUUUUAAGUCACAGCAGCAAGUGCUCUUCCUUUUUGCAGCCAUCUUCUUCAUCACCUCUGUCAUACUGCACAUGUUUAGCAUCCCCGAGAGGCCCUUAGGGCCAGCUCCGCAGCCUAUAGCCGCAAAAAGAAGAGAGCUGAGCAGCCAAUUGUCCUCCAGACCAGUUAGUCACAUACCACCACUUCUGGAUAUAAUCACAGAGGAGGACGCCUCUUUUAGAGAAGAUGACCAAUCGGAUCCCGAGGCCAGAGAAAUGGACUUCCUGGUUAUGGAGCGAGUGCGUAGUAAAAGUGACUCCGUCUUAGCCAUGCCAGACACUACAAUCAAGCUGGAUCCUGAUCUAGACCCGGAGGUCCAGCUUUUCUUGCCAGAGGUGCAAAAAGGUUUAACUGAGAUCCAAGCAGGUCUACAAGAUUCUUUCAAAUUUUCAGACCAGGGUACUGUUGGAUCUUCCAAACUCACAGAUGGGAUGGUGCUUGUGGAAUCUGGAGGUUGUGCUCCUUCUGAGCUUAAUGGUCACACAAAUAGUCCGUCCACUGAGGGAUCACAUGUGAAACCAAUGACAACGCUGUCCAAUGGCGUCACUGAGCACUGCAAUUCAAACAAAAGCCACAUCUCCAACAAACCUGGCACCCGUCUCCUUGGCGCCGCCGCUUCGCCCCGGCCACACAAGCACACAUUCUACCGACAACCAUCUUUCACCUUCUCCUACUAUGGACGAGUGGGCUCACAGCGACACAGACUGCGACGGACAACUGCCUCAAGCCCGCCGCCCAUCACCACUUCCCGCAGUCUCAAUGAUUUGAGCGAUCUGCAGCAGCGUCUGGACAGAAGGGAGUUUCAGUUUUCCACGAGGAGUCUGUCCUCUGAGGCCUCCAGUAGCGACAGCAAGUCUGACAAGGGUACCACCGUGCGACUCCUCUGGUUGUCCAUGUUGAAGAUGCCAAAGCAGCUGUGGAGGCUGUGUGUGUGCCACCUGGUCACAUGGUUCUCCUACAUAGCGGAAGCUGUUUUUUACACGGAUUUCAUGGGGCAAGUCAUUUACAAUGGAGACCCCCAGGCACCUCUCAACUCCACUGAGUUCCAGAAUUAUAACAGUGGAGUCCAGAUGGGAUGCUGGGGACUUGUGGUCUAUGCUGGAACUGCUGCUGUCAGCUCAGCAAUCCUUCAAAAAUACCUGGAUAAUUUUGACUUGAGCAUCAAAGUCGUCUACAUUGUCGGCACUUUGGGCUUCUCAAUCGGAACCGCUGUGAUGGCCAUCUUCCCUAAUGUGUAUGUUGCCAUGGUGAUGAUCAGCAGCAUGGGUGUCAGCUCCAUGAGCAUAUCUUACUGUCCGUAUGCCUUACUAGGACAGUACCAUGAAAUCAAAGAGUACAUCCAGCACAGUCCAGCCAAUACUAGAAGAGGUUUUGGUAUUGACUGUGCUAUUUUAACAUGCCAGGUCUACAUAAGCCAGAUUCUUGUUGCGUCAGUGCUUGGAUCCGUCAUUAGGGCAGUGGGCACCGUACGGGUUAUUCCCAUGGUGGCGUCUGGCAGCUCCUUCCUCGGCUUCCUCACAGCCUGUUUCCUCGUCGUUUACCCCGACGAGGAGUCCAACAAGGAUCAGGAUUCGGCCCGCUUGUCAGCAGAGCUGAACCAGAAUGGAAAGAAAAACAGCGACAGGUCGUCUCUGCAGAAGCUGACAGACAGAGAUAGUGUGAAGAAUAGGAAGAUUGUGAACAAUGAACAGCAUGAAUAGUAAGGAUGAAUUUGCACAGUUUUUCUCGCAGUUUGUGUGGGGGCUGUUCUGCUUGCCUCAUUGCUACCUCAGCCCAACAGGCUAAUGUGGGAUAGAUUUUAACAAAGCUAGCAAAGAGAUGGCGCAGCAACUACUGAGGGGAAGCACACAUAGCACUUUCUGACCAUGCUGCAGUCUUACGCAAUGCCUUCUAUCUGCGGACAAUCACAGUGUCACUUUCCUCUUGCUAACCUGCGAUGUGUUCCGAGUCAGGUUCAUGGUUUACCUAACCUUUAAAAGUCUUUGAACAAUUGAAUUGUUGUUUCACUGCAAUCUCAUUUAAGCAUUUCCACAGCAGGCCAAUUAAUGCCUGUUUUAUUUGAUGUAAGAGAUGCUGAGAAAAUAAGCUCUUUCAUACGAUGACUCCAGUGGCAUUUAAUUGCAAUGUGGAAUGAUACAGUAAGUCAGUUCAUUGUAUACCGCACAAAAAUGUAUUAACUACUCUCAAAAAUACUCCUCACUUUGACAAGGGAUCCUAAUGUGAAUGUUAAGUGUGUGAUCUUUGUUAUAAGGUGCUGAUUUGUUUUACAUCCCGUUGUGAUUAUCAUAUUUCUGAAUUAGCAUUGGAAUUGUAACCACACUCAACAUCCGGCCUGGCGAGAAAUAUUUAACACCAAGAAAUAUGCAACACACAGUCACCCAUCUCUCUGCCUAUGCAGUCUCCUAAGGUCAAAGGCUGCAAGUGCCUUUGAUUUCAGCAAGGUCAGAGUGGCCGCAUAGUUAGUGUCAUAGGCGCCGAUCUCGUGGGUACUUCGGGGCCCGAGCACCCACGUGGGAUUGAUGGCAACUUUCAAUCUUUAAAAUAAUUUUGGAAAAAUCAAUCUUGUUGUAGUUAAUUUUAUGGCGAGUUUGGUCCGUUUUACAAAAUAAAGCCACAAAUAAUAUGGGAUAUUAGCUUCGCUGAACGUCUAUUAUUUUUUUCAAUACACACACACCGAGCACCCACUGGCAGAAAUGUAGAUCGGCGCCUGUGGUUAGUGUUCAGGAUAUAAUGUGCUUUAAAAUGUGCCGCCUGUCCUCAGCGUUCAACUCAGGAUAUGAUGCCACUCACUUUGUUUUGUGCCACCAAAGGUUUAUUACACGGCCGGUACUACUGGACACACCAGCAUAUUGUUGUUGUGUGACUGCUGCAAUUGUGGUCUUUUAAGUCAAGCAUCCGCAGGGUGUUAGUUUGUGUUAAAAAUAGUAAUAACAUUAAGUAAAUGUACAUUUUUUUUUUUUUUUUUUAAGAUUUGUUUUCUCUUCUGUUUAAGUUGUAAAUUGAUCACCAAUGUUUUUGAUUGGUUACUUUUUGCUGCUGUACAGAUUUUUUAUUGAAAACAAUUUUGUUUUUUUAGUUGAUAGUUUGGGAAGAAAAUGUUGAACGCUAACAAUUGUCAGUCUUUUAUUGAUGAAUUAUUUUAACUGCACUUAGUCAAUAAUUUCGUGGUUAUAACUUUAUUUUAUUAUUAUGAUUUUUUUGUAAUAUGAUUUCUGAAAGUAAAAAGCUGCAAAUUUGGAGGCUAUUUACUAUUUUAAUUUACAUGAUCAAGGUUAAUAAAAUAUUAUCUUUCUGUGUGGACUACCUGGGUUCCCUCCGGGUCCCACCUCCAAAGACAUGCACCCGGGGAUAGGUUGACACUAAAAGAAAUGGCCCUUGUGUGUGAAUGUGAAUGUUGUCUGCCUAUAUGUGUUGGCCCUGUGAUGAGGUGGCGACUUGUCCAGGGUGUAUCCUGCCUUCCGCCCGAAUGCAGCUGAGAUAGGCUUCAGCACCCCCCGCCACCCCAAAAGGGACAAGCGGUAGAAAAUGGAUGGUUUAACCUGUCUUGUAUUCAAAACAAAGAAUUGAUUGAUUGAAACUUUUAUUAGUAGAUUGCACAGUGAAGUACAUAUUCCAUACAAUUGACCACUAAAUGGUAACACCCGAAUAAGUUUUUCAACUUGUUUAAGUCGGGGUCCACUUAAAUUGAUUCAUGAUACAGAUAUAUACUAUCAGAUAUAUACUAUCAUCAUAAUACAAUCAUCACACAAGAUAAUCAUCAGAGUAUAUACAUUGAAUUAUUUACAAUCCGGGAUGUGGAGGGGGGGGGUUAGGUUUGGUUGUUAUCAUACUUCAGUCAUCAACAAUUGAGAACAGAGAAAUGGACAUUAAAACAGUGUAGGCCUGACUUGGUAAGAUAUGUACAGCAAGUAGUGGACAUAGAGAUAGAGAUCAGAAAGCAUAAGAAAAAGUAUCUACAUUUGAUUAUUAGCAAUCCGGGGAGGGUGUUAGUUUAGGGUUGAAGUUGCCUGGAGGUGUACUUUUAUUGCGGUUUUGAAGGAGGAUAGAGAUGCCCUUUCUUUUACACUUGUUGGGAGCGCAUUCCACAUUGAUGUGGCAUAAAAAGAGAAUGAGUUAAGACCUUUGUUAGAUCGGAAUCUGGGUUUAACAUGGUUAGUGGAGCUCCCCCUGGUGUUGUGGUUAUGGCGGUCAUUUACGUUAAGGAAGUAGUUUGACAUGUACUUCGGUAUCAGGGAGGUGUAGUGGAUUUUAUAGACUAGGCUCAGUGCAAGUUGUUUUACUCUGUCCUCCACCCUGAGCCAGCCCACUUUGGAGAAGUGGGUAGGAGUGAGGUGUGAUCUGGGGUGGAGGUCUAGAAGUAAUCUGACUAGCUUGUUCUGGGAUGUUUGGAGUUUAGAUUUGAGAGUUUUGGAAGUGCUAGGGUACCAGGAGGUGCAUGCGUAAUCGAAAAAGGGUUGAACGAGAGUUCCCGCUAGAAUCCUCAUGGUGCUUUUGUUGACCAGAGAGGAGAUUCUGUAGAGAAAUCUCGUUCGUUGGUUGACCUUUUUGAUUACCUUGGUUGCCAUUUUAUCACAGGAAAGAUUAGCCUCUAGAAUGGAACCUAGGUAGGUGACCUCAUCUUUCCUGGUGAAAACAAUGUCACCCACUUUUAUAGUAAAAUCAUCAACUUUCUUAAGGUUGAUGUGGGACCCAAACAGGAUGGAUUCCGUUUUACCCAAGUGUAUGGAUAGCUUGUUGUCAGCGAGCCAGGUGGAAGUUCGAAGUUCAGCACUGAGGAUUUUCUCCACCUGUGACUUGUCCCUGUCUGAUAACAGCAAGGCCGAGUCAUCCGCAAACAAGAACAAUUCACAGUCGCAUGCCGAUGACAAGUCGUUUAUGUAUAUUAGGAACAGUAAUGGCCCUAAUAUACUGCCUUGGGGGACUCCACAGCUUACUGAGAGGGGGGGGCACAAUGCCAUUCACCUCUACCACCUGUUCCCUCCCCUCCAAGUAAGAUUGCAUCCAGCUCCAUGAGGUUUUAUCAAAUCUGAUUGCUCUGAGUUUAUCCAACAGUAUAGCGUGGUUAACGGUGUCAAAGGCCUUCUGAAGGUCCAGCAUGACCAUGCCGCAGUAUUUGCCCGCGUCCACCUCAUGUUUGAUGUGGUCGGUCAGAUAGAGAAGGCAUGUGUCAGUGGAGUGGUUAGUUCUGAAGCCGGAUUGGAAUUUGUACAUGAGUUUAUUGGUAGCAAGGUAACUAUCGACCUGUUCAUAAACUAUUUUUUCCAUUACUUUCGAAAGAACUGAGAAUAGAAACAGGUCGGUAGUUGCCAGGUUCCAAUUUGCUUCCUUUUUUAAAGAGGGGAGUUACUCUUGCUAUCUUAAAAUCUUUUGGUACUUGGCCUUGUGAAAUUGAGAGGUUUAUUAUGUGCGAGAUGAUUGGGGCUUAUAUAACAAACAUAGACGUUUACUAAUAAUCUUGUUUUUUGACAGGCAGAAUUGCCAACAUUCUUUUAUAUGAGAAACAUUUGCAUGUCAUUGUUUGACUGUUAGCAUGAAGAUAUGUAUCACUAUAAAACAAUUUAUUUGAAGCCCAAGAUCUCUGCUAGCUGGGUGUACAAUUACAAUAUCUUUGUCGCGCACGCCCUCUGCUGGUCACCAGCAGCAACAACAGGAUGUUCCCAAUAAAUACAUUAUAGUACAGGGGUGGUCAAUUAAUUUUUACCGGGGUCCGCAUGAGCAACCCGAGCACUGCUGGAGGGCCACACCGACAAUAUUUCAAUUAAAUUUUGCACAAAUUAUUUUUGAUAAACCGUAAGAUAGAUAAUAAUAUUUUCAUUUAACCUAACUUAUCUUUAUACAAAAGCAGAUGGCUUUUGAUGGUUUUAUUUUUAACACUUUCUUACACAACACUUCCUGAUGUAUAUUACAAUACAAAAAUUUCAAUUUCUGUCACUUCAUCCUGCAUCCUCUUUGUUGUGAACGUAGCAGGGUCGUUUUUUUUAUAGGGUGCCAUUUGUUCUUCAUAACUUGUAAAAAAUAAAUAGUUGAUUUACCAAUAUUUUUAUGUUCUAUUGUAUACAUGACAUAUGUAACUUGCUGAAAAACAUAUUGGUCGAACUCAGGCACCUAAAUCAUAGUAUAUUUAGCUAUAUUAAUGAGAGGUGACACACGGGAUAUGUCCACUCUGUUAAGGACAUAUGCAUAACAGCAUACAUGUGUUUUCAGUGCAUGAUUGCCUGUAUAAUGACUUUCCUCCCACAUGCCAACCUGCAUCCUUAUCCGUUAUACUAUGCUGCUUCUGCUGUGAAUUGGUGAGAGAACAUGCUGAAUUUACCACUGAAAUCGUAACACUUCACACUGAAAAGCAUUAACACUGUACUUUUAACACCAAUGUAUUUGCUGUAUAUGAUAUUUUGCAACAGCAGUGAUGAUUAACCAAGAAUUAUGAAAGAAACUGCUGUUGAAUGCAUAAUAGCACUACAUAUACAUUGUGAUAAGUCAACAUUACUAUAUACAUGUCCACUCUGUUAGGUUGAUGUCCACCGUGUUAGUUGAAUGAGGCUAACACGGUGGACACUAACACGGUGGACAUUUUGAGCUAAAGUUAGCCUUCAGCCUGCCUGUGUUAACAUAACAGCUAGCAUGGACUUGAAUAAUUGAUAAGAAAUCUAUAAUUUCACACAAACAUGUUUUGAAAAAUUUCAAUUUGAUUGAUCUCCUUAUUAUUUAGGCCUAACAGAGUGGACACGUUAUGUUCAACCACAUUAAAUUCACUUCAUAAAAACAUCAACAUCAGAUAGUAAGAGAGCUAAAAAACCACACAGCUUACCAGAGUUGAGUUUCCCGCCACUGGUGUGAUGUUACCUGAUGAGAAUGAUGUCACUGACAAAUGUGGUUGUUUUCUUAAAGGGACAGUAACGCAACUUAACAGAGUGGACAGCGACCACAGGGACAGACAUAGAACCUUAUUUUUUUGUAAUUCUUUUUACGAUUUUGAUAAUAUACACCAUAUGACUAAAGAGAGCUUGUCUAUGAUAAUUAUAUCAUAACAAAAAAAAAUUAAAAAUAUAUGUUUUUAUUUGUUAUUUUC